AUGAGCGGAACGCGUUCCCGGGAGCUGACGCCGCUCCACGAGGCCGCGGCCCGGGGGUGCCGCCGGUGCCUCGGGCUCCUCCUGCGGGAACGGGGGCACCUGCGGGACCAGGAUGGAAAACAGGCCGUGGAUGUGGUGCUGGAGCAGGGCUGGCCCCUCGUGGAGGCCCCGGGGGGGCACAGGAGGACCCUGUCCUUCCUGACCGAGGAUGACUCCGAUGGCAGCAUCUCCCCUGGGCUCCCUGAGGACAAUUCCGAGGCCGGACCCCUCAGCAGCACCCGCAGGUCCCUCCUGGAGGAGCAGGAGCUGGGGGGCUGCUGUGUCCCCCCACUGUGCCCGGCCGGUGUCACCGCUGGGGAUGUCACCCCCCGGGGCCAGGAGCCCCCCGGGCACCGCCACAUCACCCCCAGGACCAGGAGCCGCCUCCGGGCGGUGGCAGAGCGGCUCAACUCCUCCUCCUCCUCCUCUUCCUCCUCCCUCUUCAAUGGGACGCUGCCGAUGCCCCGGAGACCCCCCAGGAUCAGAUCCCCCCGGGGGGUCCCCAGGGACCCUGUCACCCCCCCGGGACACUGUGUCACCCCGCGGGACGAGGAUGUGUCCGGGCAGGACGGAGAGGGGACAGACUCUUUGGAAGACACCCAGAUCCUGCCCGGAGCCCCCAGUUCACCCCCGGGGGGGGGUCGGCAGCUCCCCCGGCUCCAGCCCCACGGCCCUCGGGGCUCCCCCCACCCCGAGGUGCUGGAGGGUGGCUCUGGGUGGCAGCAGCACUCGCCCUCGGGGACACCCCAGUUCCAGUGGCCCCACGGGAGCUCCAGGCGCCUUUUGGCCCCACAAGCAUCCAGCAGUGCCCGGGGGGACCUGGGCACCCCGUCCAUGCCACUGUCACCCCCCGGCUGUGGUCCCCACUGCUCCAGGGGGCAUCGAGACGACGAGGGGCAGGGACUGUCACCCCCCGAGUGUCACAGUCCCGGCACAGGGGCCACCCCCAGCCCCGAGGACGCCCCGGGCCGGGAUGGCCGAGUGUCCCCGGUGUCCCCGGGGCCCCUCUCGGACCAAAGUCUGCGGCGGCGGCUGCGGGAGCUGGGGGAGGAGCCGGGACCCGUCACCGACCUCACCCGGGGGCUUUACCGGCGGCGGCUGCGGGAGCUGGGCACGGGACGCGGCGGGGAGCCGGGGGGGCACAGCCCGGAGCUGGUGGCUGCGCUGAGGACCGGCCACAUCCCCGACUGUGCCCAGGACGAGCUGGCACUGGCGCGGCAGUUCGAGCGUCCCGACCGCGGCCGGCGCUGGCGGGAAGGGCUGCUCAAGUCCAGCUUCAACUACCUCCUCCUCGACCCCAGGACCACCCGGGACCUGCCCCUGCGCUGCCCCCGCCUGAGCCCCGCCCAGCGCUUCCAGACCUUCGUCAGCGCCGUGUUCUACGUGGGCAAGGGCACCCGGGCCAGGCCCUACUGCCACCUGGCCGAGGCCCUGGGCAGCACCGGGCAGGGACACGUCCCUGCUGUCCCACAGGGCUGCCCCAAGGUGCGGCGCAUCCUGGAGAUCUGGGAGAGCGGACACGGCGUCAUCUCCGUGCUCUGCUUCCAGAACAGGGUCCCGGCCGAGGCCUACACGAGGGAGGGCUGCAUGGUGGAGGCGCUGGGCCUGCAGACCCUCACCAACCAGCGCAAGGGGCACUGCUAUGGCGUGGCCGCGGGCUGGGCGCCCGAGCGGCGCCGGCGCCUGGGGGUGCACAUGUUGUACCGGGCCAUGAGCAUCUUCCUGGCCGAGGGCGAGCGGCAGCUCCGGCCCGGGGACAUCCCGGGGAGGUGACAGUGCUCGGGGGGGUGGGGGUGGGGGGCAGCUUUUAUGUCGUGACCGCUGCGAAGAUUUGUUUCUGUUUUUCUAUUUCCCCGGCCGGGUGAUCAAUAAAUCGCUGCGGGGCUGGGUUUGCCUGAAGAAUUCCCAGUUGUGGGAGAUUCCUGGCUUCGCAU